UGCAUCACGGCGGCGCUGCGGAGACCUUGUGUGAGUGUGUGUGUGCGCGCGCGUAUCCACUUCAGCACGUCUAACAGCAUGAGUGAGAGACAAGGACCCGGAGCUUCAACUGGAAACAGCAAACCCUUAGGGGAUCAAGAUGCAUCCAAGAAAGACGUCCCGGCGGAGGACUUCGACAUUGACAUGGGCGCCCCUGAAACUGAGAAGGCCGCCGUCGCCAUCCAGAACCAGUUCAGAAAGUACCAGAAGAAGAAGCAUGAUGUGAAGUCCUAGGCGGAGCUGGGGUGCAUGUGGCCCCGGGAGGCCCCUGAGCACCGUGAGGGCUGGCUGUUUGCAUGUCUAAUAAACCGCACCAUCAUGGACCCGAGGGUGGGGGUUGGGGUAACUUUGGGGAACGGGACCAGUGACAUCAAGUCAACCAUUACCCUGUCUGUCCUGUCCGUCACUGGCAUCUCUCUGGAAUAAUUACUGUAACCAUUUCAGAUUUGAAUUCCCUUUGUUGGUUGUUUUUAGAUAUAAUGGCUUUUCCUUUUAUUGCUUCUUUUGAUAUGCACUGAUUUAUAUACUUUUGGUUCCUUUGUUUCUGUUCCAACCUGGCCAAUAUUGGGAUAUGUGACACAUGAGAUUAUCUAUUGUUUGUGGAGUUACAACAACAGGAGAUAUGUAAUGAUCUGGAGGAGUAAAGAAUAUAUUUUGAAUGUUCCUCAGAUGUGAAAGCAUGAACAUAUCAUGGACAUUUACCAUCAUUUUAAGCCAGGGAUGUACAUCAUGCCCUGAACAUGCUGAAAUUACUGCUCUCCAUUUGGCCCAAGUGGCUGGUUUUGGAGAGAAACCAAGAAAUUCCAGAUUUUAAGCCAAUUACUACUGUAUUUACCUUAUUUGGUUAUAGAGUGAAUGGUCAUCACCUAUUACGCUCAUAAACAGUGCUUGUGAGCUUUCAUUCCACCACCAUUCCUCACAACUCUCGACUGUAGCCAGUGGCUUCAUCCGUAGAUAUCGUGUUUGUGCUAAAACCUUCAUCAUUUUCCCACAGAACAUUGUUUUAUCAAGAAAAUGUGACAUGCUAUACACUAUACUGUCCAUUAAACACCUAAUAUAUGAAAUUAAUACAAAUAAAUAUUGAGAAGAACCAUC